GUGACGGCAGUGGACGGCUUGCGUUCCUUGCUAAACCGUCUUUUGCCUAUCGCCUGGACUCCUGCAAACUGCGCACUCUACUUGCUGCACAUGCACCUCUUGUCUGCUUCUCUCUAGACUCGAGAUCUGUCUAUCUCGUCUUCAUUUCUCAUCCUCUAUAUCAUCAUCAAUCUUGCGUUGUCAAGCCACCAUCAUCGCUCUACCAUCCUCACCAAACCGGGUCCGCUGACCGAGUCAACGACAUCCGGACUCUGCCUUCGACAUACACCGCUUUGUCCCACGCUCCUCGUCAUCUGGCCUCUUCCGUUCUCCACAAGUCCAAGAUCUGCCUUGCCGCCAAUAACAUCGAAUAUCCUUGGGAAUUCGAGAUCCAACACAUUAGCAUCUUGACCGGAUUCGCCGUCGCCGUAAUUCGCGGCUAGGCUUGAGCCAGAAUCGAAGACUGUAAUAUACAACGCCCACGGUUCUUAUCUUCUCUUCCACUGCACCAGUACCUGAAAAGGUUGACCGUAUGGAUUGUUGGCGUGCGCAGCCUUUUCGUUAGAACUUCCUUCGUCCGGAUCCUCGUCCUUAUCACCGCUCACCAAAUCAUCCGAAGGCCUCCGUCGCCACACUUUCCCCUUCAUCGAUCCAAGUCAACACAAGAAGGAGUGCUGGGACCGUCACGCAACCUUUCCCCUGGUCGAAGCCACUCCGAAUGUGUAUCAGGAUCGUGGCGUAAGCCGCAACUUCUCGAGUCCGCGACAGUCGCAUAACUUCAGCAGCGCUCCACCAUGGCGGCCAUUUCGAGUCUUGUGUUGAGCGAGACAAUGCCAUCAAAAGAUCGCAUAGAAGAGAUGGACACACCUACAACGCCUCGCGCGGCUCGAUAUCCAUCACCUCUUAUGGCCGAACAUAACUUUGGGCUCGGAAAUGAUCCUCCUCGGCGGCCUAAGGCUUCAUUAGAUCAAGGCCAUAGCAGCAAUGCCCUCGAGCACAGAGACAGUGGGACGAGCAGAAGAGACAGCGUGGGCGCUGCACCCAGCGAAAUGGACGUGGACGAUGACGACGACGACGACGAUGAUCUCCGUGGCUCGGACAAUGAAGCCGAACUGGGCGAGGCAGACUCUGCCUCGAGAAAGAAAAAAGGCCAGAGAUUCUUCUGUACCGGGUACCCGCCUUGCAACCUGAGCUUUACCAGGAGCGAGCAUUUGGCUCGCCAUAUCAGAAAACACACAGGCGAAAGACCUUUCCAAUGUCAUUGCAACCGGAGAUUCUCCAGGUUGGACAAUCUGCGCCAACAUGCCCAGACUGUGCAUGUCAAUGAGGAAAUUCCAACCGAUUCACUGGCUGCUACUGGGACCCGGUUCCAACGUCAAAUCCGCACUGAUCGUGUCCGGCCCGCGGGGCGACCGCGCACUGGAACCGCAGGCAGUGCGGGAGGUCACAGUCGCGGGCAUAGUCGAAACCUGUCGGCUUCUAGUGUGGGCUCGACCUCGUCUAACUACAGUAUUGUGACGGAAGCGAAGAGGCGGCCACCGCCCCUUCUCAUGGCCAGCGACGGCUCUGGUAGGCCGAGCCUGGGCAUCGAACCACCUCAGACUCCCCCUGCCCAGUAUCGCGGAUACAAUCCAAACUCUCCCAGCGGCAUGAGCACACCAACAUCUGCCAACUUCUCCGCCACCCCUGGCAGCCCUGGUUUUCUGUCAUCCAUGGGAUCGCCAAUGUCGACUAACUCUCGCCCGGGGGGUUUCUUUGGUUCAGCACCUCAUGCCCGGCGACUAUCAGUCCCAUCCGGAACCAAUCUCUAUCAACCUCAGUAUCCACCGGGAUAUCCUAUGGCCUAUGUGAACCAGAUGGGACCAGCCAGUUCACAUGGAUCGUCGAAUUCCAGCGUGUUUGCGAGCCCUGUUUCGACUACAUUUCCUAUUGCUUCAGGACAGCAUGGCCCGCCUGGGGAGGAUUGGCGACGACGAACGUGGCAUCCUUCCACGAUCCCAGCGGCCAAUCUCAACUAUGGCCGUCCUGCCACAAGUGGGUUGACGUACUCGCAAACCCCAGACGCACCUCAACCCGCUCAUGCUCAGCAUGCUACUGCAGCUGCUGGCCAUGCACCUCGACUGCCAGGAAUAGAAAGUUUCGACCAUGUUCAGCAUCGGUCGUACACCCCUCCUCGUCGCCAGCCUAGCCCCAUGCAAGUCGAUCCCAACCUUACCGACCCCAACAUGUCUUCCUCGAACAUGCAUGUGGAGCAGCGUGCGCGCCAGGGACACGUCUCUUGGGACGGCCCUCGUCCCAGCCAAUAUCCAGAGCUUGAUGAUCCUGCUAACAGGAGCCACGGCGCGACCUCAUGGGGCCAGCAAACAAUCAGUGAGAUCCAAAACGUGAGUGUGCGACCGAAUGAAACUCUACGGCAGAUUCACAUGGGUCCUCCCCAUUCCUCUAUGACAAUCCAACAGCAGCAAAAAAUGGCACGAGAAGCCCUCGACGUUCAGUCUCCGGCUCAGCAGAGCAAGAGGCAUGGCUGGUAUAACGGACCCCUAGCGCACGCGCGGACGUCUCCCGAAGACUCAAGUAGUAGUGACGGCGUCCCUACACCUGGCAUGACCGCUGUCGAAGUGCAUCCUAUGAUUAUGCAUAGCAGCGGCUACAUCGACCCACAGCAUUCAGCGUUACCCUCAGAGGGGCACCAGAAUGUAGGUCGUAUGCCUGCGAGCACUUUCCAUAUCCCCACUAACUCGCCUCAGGUUUGUCUCGCUCCCGCCCCGUACAUCGAGCCGACGCGUCACGAAACCAGCUCGUCCUUUGCUGAUCACGCGGGCCGCGGAGGCGAAUUGAAUCGACUUGAGGCUCUUGUCGCCGUCGCAACAAGCGGCGAGAUUGGCCCGCGCUGAGCGGCAUCUGCGGCAACAGUAACUAGAUUAGUGCCGACUUUACGCCUCGAUCACGAAACCUGUUCUUGGGUGAAACCAUAAUUUUGGCCUGUUGGCUGGUCAAGAGGAGGCCUCCCUCGAACCGCAAUCCCUCUGAUGGUUGCAUAUUACAGAUCUUGACGGCUUGGAUGAAGAGAUACCCAUUACGACUUUUUGUCUUUCCGUCGUCGUUUGCUUGAUGUCUUAUGAGUCUCAUCACUGAAUGUACGGGUCAUUGCUUUUGCUUUUGCAAGCGGGCGUUUGAGAUUUGGUGAAUGCGCAUGAAUACCCCUUCUGGUUCAUAAGCACCGUGUUUUAUAUGAGAUGACUUUUUUGGUUUUGUGUUGGAGGGUCUCAGCCGCCUCACGUUGCGCUUUGGUUUCAACUGGUUCAUGCAACCUUCCUCUACUCCUGACGAUGAUGAUGAUGGCAUGCCUGGGAUGAGACUUGGUGACGGAGGAUUAUGGGUUUGUUGGUUGAUGUUCGCGCAUAUACUUUGAUCAAGCAAUUAGCCAGCAUAAUGAAGAUGCCUUCUACCUG